AUGAUAUUGCGGAGGUCCGCACAUUCUUCACUCGGACGCAUUGCGAGACGAGCGAUGGCCUCGAAAGAGAUGGCGUACUCGGAGAAGAGGCUCAUCGGAUUCUCGCGAGAGGAAAUGUUCGAGGUGGUGUCGAACGUUGAACGAUACCACGAAUUCAUACCAUGGUGUCGAUCAUCGACGGUCGAGCGGCCGACGGGAAACUCGCAGAUCGCGACGUUGGAAAUCGGGUUUCCGCCAUUUUCGGAGAAAUACAAGAGCAAAGUAUUAUAUAUAAAACCAUCGGUGGUUCAUUCUUCUGUCAUUGGAAGUGAUCUCUUUAGAACGUUGGACACUACUUUUCGAUUUGGAAAGGGAAAAGAAGGCUUCGAGCGAUCUUGCCAACUUCACUACGAUUUGACAUUUGAAUUCCAGUCGGAAUUCCAUUCUCGAAUCGCUCAUCUCUUCUUCGACAAAGUCGUCAAAACCAUGGUCUCUGCAUUUCUAAAUCGCGCCGCCCAUGAAUUCGGACCCCCAACAUUUCCGCAUUUACCACCAAAUGUUUUAAAAUACAAGUCAUAA